UGGCACACCGAACAUUAUCCUCUCUGUCUGCGUGCCAUGGCUCUCUCCGUGCCAGCAAGCAGCCUUCUGGUGCCGCUACUCAUCAUCACCAUCACCAUUGUUCAAUUUUCGGUUCCGGCCGCCACAAGUAACGUCUCAUUCGGUCGAACCACCGCACAUGCUGAAGUCGGCGGAUUUGAGGACGUGUGCCGCGGCGCCCGGCCGGGUACGCCGGCGCAGAUGGUGAAUGUCCUCACCAUCGACGGGGGUGGUAUAAGGGGCCUUAUACCGGGUACCAUCCUCGCCUACCUCGAAGGCAAACUCCAGGACCUUGACGGGCCUGACUCAAGGCUCGCAGACUACUUUGAUUGCAUUGCCGGCACGAGCACGGGUGGCCUCAUCGCAGCGAUGCUGACCGCACCCGGCGAAGACAACCGCCCACUCUUCGCCGCCAAGGACAUCAACCCGUUCUACAUCGAGAACGGCCCGGCUAUCUUCCCCCAAAGGACAAACACGUUCUUCGCUUUUAUGGCAUCGCUGAUACGCCCGAAGUAUGAUGGCAAGUAUCUGCGGAACAAGAUUAAGAGCAUGCUUGGCAACACGAGGGUGCGCAAUACGCUCACCAACAUUGUGAUACCAACAUUCGACAUCCAGCUGCUCCAUCCCAUCAUCUUCUCCACAUACGAUGCCAAGAACAUGCCUCUGAAGGAUGCACUGCUCUCGGAUGUCUGUAUCAGCACCUCCGCUGCUCCAACCUACCUCCCAGCUCACUACUUCCAGACCAGUGACGCCGAUGGCAAGACGCGCGAGUACAAUCUCAUUGACGGCGGUGUCGCCGCUAUCAAUCCGACAUUAAUUACCAUGACGCAGAUCAUCAAGAACAUCAUGAGAAAAGGCAAGGAGAAAAUGUACCCAGCGAAGCAGACGGACUGCAAAUUCCGGGUGGUGUCCAUCGGGACCGGGUCAUCGUCAGAUCAUGGUCUCUACACGGCAAAGCGGUCCUCCCGGUGGGGCAUUAUCAGGUGGCUGAUCCCCAUCGUUGACAUUUUCAUGGAGGCCAGCUCCAGUGUCGUCGACAUCCAGGCUUCCAUGCUCUUCGAGUGGUUGCACCGCAAAGCCAGCUACCUCCGUAUCCAGGACAACUCGCUCCGGGGCGCGGCGGCCACUGUGGACGUGGCUACGCCGGAAAACAUGCAGGAGCUUAUAAGGAUUGGUGAGCGGAUGCUUGAUCAGCCCGUAUCAAGGGUGGACGUCGAGACAGGAAAGUAUGUGGUUGUUCCUGGGGCGGGGAGCAACGCAAAAGCGCUCGCCAGGCUCGCGAGGCAGCUUUGGGAGGAAAGCAGGACGAGGAAGCGGCAUAGCGCAAGCGGUGGAGAGUAAGUGCUGGCUGUUUAAACUACUACCUCCGAUCCAUAACAGGGUUUGUUCAGUUAUGCCCGUCCAUACAGGCAUGGUUUGCACCCAAGCUGGAUUGGCCAACUGAACAUGCCUAAGAACUGCGACUUAAUUGGCGCGACUCCUAAAUUGGAGCGAGUCUUGUUUUGGACCAGAGGGAGUAGUGAUUUUUUUUUUUGAAAAGAGAGGAAGUAGUGAUUUAAGUAAUGUGCAGAAGUAGCAUUAGACGGCUGGAUUUGUUAUGAUAGUAAGGUUGUCGAAUCUUCGUCUGUCAGUUUCAACUUUUCAAGAGUGCUGCCCAGUUGAGGUUCUGCAGCUCGGCUUGUAGAAGGCAUCCAAGCCACACUUCUCUCGCAUAUAGGCAUUGGGUAAUAAUAUGAUCUACAUUGUCCUCCUCAACUGACGCAAGCAUCGGGUAGAUCUUGCAGCCCAUGUCCGACGGCGAACAGAUGCCCACAGCCGA